CAGGAAGUCAACAAUAAGAUGUGUUAACUUUUAGUUUGCGGGAAACAGGUCAAUAUAAUGCCGGAAUUGAAAAUAGCGGUGAUCGGGGCGGGGGUGAUAGGUUUCACAACAGCCUUAGAAUUGAAGAACGCGUUUAGAAACGCGAAUAUUGAGAUUUUGGCCGAUAAAUUCAAUACGGAAACAACUAGUUCCGCGGCGGCAGGGGUUUUCAGACCUGGGACCAGUUUUUGCGGCCCCACGGAAGAAAUAACCAGGAAAUGGAUAGAGGAUUCUUAUUACUAUUGGGAGCAUCUGUGCAAUACCUCCGAAGGAGCAAAGGCUGGUGUAAAACAAUUGUCGGGGUACAUCUUCUCCAGUCAAUAUCCCCACAUCGUGAAAAACCGAUACAUCGAAAAAUUAGUUCCGGUGUACCGGGCGGCAACCAGCGAAGAGCUACAACUUUGUCCUGGCAAUUGGAAAUACGGAUCGUUUUUCAUCACUCUGCUCACCGAAUGCGAUCUUUAUUUACCGUGGGCAAUCGAAAAGUUUAUCAAUGCUGGUGGAAAAAUCACUGGGGCAAAGGUCGAAUCGCUCGAAACGCUCGGGUUGAAUUACGAUGUCGUGGUCAACUGUACUGGGUUGGGCGCCCGGUACUUAUGCAACGACCAUAAGGUCGUGCCCAUAAGAGGACAGGUGUAUAAGGUGAGAGCUCCGUGGAUCAAAACCUUCUUCUACGGCGAUUACGACACUUACAUUCUCCCCGGUUUCACCAACGUUACGCUCGGGGGUUGCAGGCAAUACGAAUCUUACAAUUUAGACAUGGACGAGUAUGACGCGCGUUCGAUCUGGCAUCGCUGCACGUCGUUGGUGCCGAGUCUAGCAGGCGCAGAGAUCGUUGCGCAGAGGGUGGGUUUGAGGCCGCACCGGAGCGAAGUCCGAUUAGAAAAUGAGGUGAAGAACAUCAACGGGAGGGUGGUUAGGAUUGUGCACAAUUACGGUCACGGCGGAUAUGGGGUGACAACGGCACCCGGCACUAGUUUACACGCCUGUAAAUUGGUCAGGGAGGCGUGGUCGAGCAACAGUAAAUUGUAAAAUAUUAUAGUGUAUUAUUAGUCAAAGUUAAUAUAACUUAAUA